AUGGACGAUGGUGAGGAAGAGAGCGAAGAAGGAGACGAGAUACAAGAGAAAGUCACCAAGACCAAGGACAACAAGACAAAGGCCAAGAGCAACAAGUCGCAGGCUUCUUCGCUCGAGGCAAGCAGCGCCGCAUACACCGGAGGCACAUUCAAGAGCAACAUGUUCAAGCUGCAGGUCGACCAGAUGCUGUCCAACCUUCGCCCGAGACAAGGAAAGAGAGAGGCUACGGCCGCCGACGCCCUGCACAAGAUCAAGAAGCAAAUCGACGCCAUCCCCAACAGAGAAGCUCUUCCUCUGCUCCAAGCCGAACGCGACAUGAUCAAGAAGUCAAAGGUCGCCAUUCCCUUCCCCGAGCCUCGCCCCGCCCAUGACGCCAAGUACAAGCUGGCCUACGAGAAGCCUCAGAACGUGAACGUUGUCGGCAGCUUCCCCCUCAAGCUGUCUCUUCGCGACCGUCAGGCCCCUCUGUCCAUCGAUAUGCUCGUCACAAUGCCCAAGUCGCUGUUCCAGGAGAAGGACUACCUCAACCACCGCUACUUCUACAAGCGUGCUUUCUAUCUCGCCUGCAUUGCUGCUGGUCUUCAGUCAUCGCUCAAGGCCUUCACCUUCCACUUCGUCAACUUCCGCAACAACCCUCUCCACCCCGUUCUGCUGGUUCAGUCCAGAGAGGCGACCUCCGAAAACAACUGGCGCAUCAACAUCAUCCCCGGCCUUCCUGAGGGCACAUUUGCCGACAACAAAUUGCUGCCAACCAAGAACUGCGUGCGACCUGCACAGUCUGCUGACGAUGAGCAAACCCAGGACUUGGCCGCUACACCCUUCUACAACGCUGCUAUCCAGGCCGAUACCCAUAUCACCUCCUACUUAAAGUUGCUGCACGCCUCUUCGACCGCCUGUGAAGGAUACACGGAUGCGUGCAUGUUGGGUCGUGUUUGGCUGAGACAGCGUGGCCUUGGUUCCGACACCAACAAGGGCGGAUUCGGUAACUUUGAGUGGGCUGCGACCAUGGCAAAUCUGCUCAGAACCGGUGCCGGUUCAGGCAAGCCUGUCCUGUCGAGCGGCUACAGCAGCUACCAACUGUUCAAGGCCACGCUCCAAUACAUUGCUGUCAAGGAUCUCGCAAAGGAACCUGCUCUGCUCGAUGCUGCUGGUCUCAUCCUCGGUUCGGAAGACGGUCAGCCCGUUUUCUACGACGGUCCUCGUGGACAGAACAUUCUCUACAAGAUGACUUCCUGGUCCUACCAGCACCUCCGUGCCGAGGCACGUACCACUCUCAAGAUGCUCGGUGACAACCUCUUUGACCAGUUCGACGCUGCCUUCAUUCUCCGCUCCGACAACGUCCUCAAGAGAUACGAUUUGGCUGUCCGUGUUCCUUGCUCUGCCCUCACUUCCGACGUCGCCGAGGACCGCCAGAUCACACAGAGAUACGCCAAGAUCCACAACGUCUUCAGUCAAGGUCUGGGUGAUCGUGCCACUCAAGUCAUCAUUCAAUCUCCUGAUCACGAGCCUUGGGGACUCGGAUCUGCUAGACCCAACACGGAGCGCAAGGGUGAGCUGCUGGUAGCUGUCAACCUUGACUCUGCCAACGCUUCUCGUGCUGUUGACCAUGGCCCGGCUGCCGAACAGAAGAAGGAGGCCGCUGCCUUCCGCAAGUUCUGGGGUGAGAAGGCCGAAUUGCGUAGAUUCAGAGAUGGAAGCAUCUUGGAGAGUUUGGUAUGGGCUACCAACAGCGGAAUGUCCAUCAUUCAGCAGAUUUUGACAUUCUUGCUAUACCGUCACUUUGGACAAGAUGCAGCCGCAAGUGCUGUCUUCUCUGGCGAUGAGUGUGCUAAACUUAUCAAGCAGAGCAAUGGUCUCUCCGCUUUCCAACCUUUGAUGGAGGCCUUCAAGACCUUGGAGAGUGAUAUUCGUGGCAUGGACGACUUGCCUCUUACUAUCCGUUCCAUUCUGGCUGCCGACUCUCAACUCCGCUACUCUUCAGUGGAGCCUCCCAUGUCAUCUCACCAACAGAUGAAGCGUCCUGCCGAUGUUGUUCUCCAAUUCGAAGGUUCUGGUCGUUGGCCAGAUGAUCUUGUCGCAAUUCAACGCACCAAGAUUGCCUUCUUGCUCAAGAUCGGUGAACUGUUCGAGUCGACACAGGAAGGCGUCACUUCCCGCAUUGGUCUCGAGAACGAGGGUGAGGAUAUCCUGAACCAAGCUUUCCUCGACAUCAUCUACCCCACUGGCUUCUCUUUCCGUGUCCGCAUUCACCAUGACAGAGAGCAAACAUUGGUAGAGCGUAUACUCAAAUCACGGUCGGCAGCACCCAGCGAGAAGGAGAGCGCAGCUAUCGCUCUCGCCACAUACAAGCGUGUGUUCAUCAAGUCGCCGUCACACACCCAGGCUUUGCAGAAACUCUGCACCAGAUACCCUGUUCUGUCGCCGACUGUACGCUUGUUGAAGAAAUGGUUCUCGGAGCAUCUUUUGAGCAAUCACUUCUCUGAAGAAGUCAUCGAACUGUUCGCUAUUCACACCUUCACUCGCCCAUGGCCGUACAAUACUCCCUCAUCAACACAAGCUGCAUUCUUCCGCACUCUUUCUUUCCUCUCACGCUUCGACUGGCGUGCCGACCCCUUGAUCGUGGAUCUCGGCGGUGAUCUCAACACCGACAACGUAGCAACAGCAACAACACGCUUCGAAGCCUGGCGCAAGUUGGACCCAGCACUCAACCGUGUCGUCCUCUUCGCCGCCAGCAGCGACGAUCUUGAAGGUACGACGUGGACAGACGGCAAUCCCGCAAAAGUCGUAUGUGGUCGCAUGACCGCACUAGCCAAGGCCGCAACCGCAGAGAUCGAGUCCAAGUCACUUUCAUUGGAUGUUGAGACUCUCUUCGCCUCGCCCCUUGGCGACUACGACUUUGUCGUUCACCUCAACCCUGCUUAUACCACCAACAAGUCGAAGGCCGCGAGCGGCAAGUACAAGAACCUUGCCAUCGCAGAGGAGACCAAUGCAGAGCUUGUCGACUAUGCACCCACUGACGCCUUCUUCCACGAACUACAAAACGUCUACGGUCAAUCACUAGCGCUGUUCUAUGGCGGGGCUGGUAGCACUACUAUUGCUGGUCUUUGGAGUCCUGUCACUGCUGCCAGAGCUUGGAAGGUCAAUCUCGCCUACUCGACUGUGCCGGUCAAGAAGGGCGAGGAGGUUAUCGCUGAGAUCAACAAAACUGCUGUUCUUGCUGAGAUGGCAAGGUUGGGUGGAGAGUUGGUCAAGAAGGUCGAGGCAAACAGGUAG